GAAAGUGUUAGGUUGUUUUGGUAUGUGAGAGAAGUUAUGGUAAAGAGAUAUAAUCUCAUGUUUUAUUAUACAUUGGGUAUAUGAAGUUGGAUUAAAAAUUGAACAGAACAACUCAAGAAUGGCAGAAAGAACAAAGUAUUGCACCUCCAGAAUCAAAUCUUUUGUCGUUCCAUUGUCAAACUAUUCAGUUGAUACUGAUUUCUUUCCAGUAUCCUUUUUCGAGCUACUAGGAUUGUUAGAGAGCAUGAAGGGCAUUACAUCGAGCUUCGUGGCUUCUGAAUGCGUAAUGAAAUUAUACGAAGGAGGAGAAAUAGAUAUAAUCAACAAAACUGAGCCACAACAACUUUCACUAUAUGCAGCUCAUUUUACUAGCCAGACCGAUCAGCCACAGGCUUGCAAUUUCGCUAUUUUUGCUCCUCUUGGAGAGGAUUAUCCUCUUCAGCGAGCAGAGUGGAUCAAGUUCUUGGGAGUUUUUGCAAACGUUGAAACGAGAGCCAACCAAGUGUAUAGUGCAGUGAAAUCGAACUAUUUGUGCCUGAAUAAAUCAGCAGCAAGCAAGACACAGUCAUUCAAACCAAUUGUUGCUUGGAUGGAGUUGGAUAAUCAGGGUAUAUGGUCUUUUAAUCAGGAAACAUUCAAGUUGAAGUAUGUGGAAGAUGCAGGUGGAGAAAAUGUAGAUAACUCAAUCAACAAGAAGACUUUUAACAUCUCUAUUCCUGAUGAUUUAGAUGAUUUGCAUGCCAUCCUUUGUACAGUGGAUGUUGUGAUUGAUGGAACGAAUACUUCUGAUCCGAUUAACUACAAUCAAUCAACAUUUCUCAAAAAUAUUGAUGUCCAUGACAACUUUUGCUUUGCUUUCAUUACAAAUCAAAGCUUAUGGAGAUAUGAUAAAAGAAUUCAAAAUAAUUCAAUCACUCUUGAUUGGUAUGAUGGAGCUGUGGCCCAACCUCAAUUGGUUUUAGCAGAUCUCAUUGAAGCUCUAUUUCCUACUGGAAAUUAUACCACCACAUUCUUUAGAAACAUUGCAAAGGGAGAAGGUGUUGUAAAUAUUGGUGCAAGCAUGUGCGAUAGAAAUAUUUCCAUUGCAAUGGAGCCUACAAUUAUUCCUUGCCAAGAGUAA